AUGGCCUCAAUUUCCCUUCCCCCGUCUCGGUCGGACUUCUCUCAGCACUUCAACACCACUGUUGAUUCAAGCCACCGCCUGAGUAUGCCCGCACCAAUACCUAAUCCACAUUUUGUUUUUCCCGCACGAGAUUCGGAGCCACAUUCCAAGUCCAACUCCAACUCCAAUUCGGGGGCCCAGGCCCGACCAGCUCUUCCCGCUUUUUCAUUCAAUCCCGGAUCGGACCACUCCCUACAGCCAACAACACACAUACCGUCCCGACUCAACGGUCACCGACGACGACACAGUGAAUUUAUUGGAGGCGAUCUUCUAGUGGCACCGAUAGCGGAUGACAAACGGGAAGAACCAACCACCCCCGUACUAUCGACUUCGCCAACGGCUCCGACAGGUCCUAGCCCUGGAAGGGGCCCUCCUAGGCGAGGUCACCACGCCCACCGUCGCUCAACUGCAGUCUCUGGUGUCGAUCUUCUAGCGAUUCAGAAAGCGAUCGGAAGUGCGCCCCCUACUGGCGAUCGCUUGCUAGACCCUGGGCAUGAAGACAUCUCCAAGCCGCUUUCUUACUCGGCUGGAAGCCUAGGACGCCCAUCCCCUCCAGCGUCUCCUCAAUUCGCCCCUUCUUCGUCUCAUAUCCCUCCUGUACCGUUAGUCCCAGCCAUCAUCCACAUCCAGCCUCCUCCCUCAAGCGACCAUGACAUACAGAUUGGACGCCCUAGGCCCCCUCCCUCCCCAUCUCUUUCUUCCUCUUCUGAAAAGCCGCUCACCCCAACCUUUGCCCCAUCAUCACAAUUAGAGUCUCUUACUCCACCGUCAAAUUGUGGUCUGGAGCGUCGCAAAUCGUCAUUGACGCGGCCGAAAACUGCCGAUGCAUCCUUGGCCCUCAAUUUCUUGCAGAGCCAGAAGCCAUCGGAGGGACUUUCGGUCAAACGCUCGAAAUCGACUGGACACUCUCGCUCGCGCAAGAGCAAGUCUACGGGGAAUCUCGACACCAUGCUCGCGAUCGACGAUGUGCACUCUACUGACAAUUCUCGAGUUUCAUAUUCUGACGAUGGUUCUGAAACCUGGAGUGACAACGACCACGAGGAAGAAGAAGCCGCCAAGAAAUCACGGAAGUACAAAAAGAAACAAAAGCGCGUUCGCUCGUGGGCUGGUGCCAUCCUGACCCGAGGCAAAGGCAAGCGGCACUCGAAACCUGAAACAGUACCGUCAAGGGCUCCCGUUCUGGCCCCUGCCCCUCCGGCACUUCAGCUUACACGAACCAACUCUGAAGUAGGCUCCGUUAUGGAGGUCGACUUUGACAAUGACGAUGUCGUCGUUAUUCGUACUCCCACCAACACCGAAGCUCCUGUUUCGGCAGCCGAACGGGCUGGAGAUGAGAGCUCGCCUCCUGCGCCCACUUUGGAAAAUUCAUGGAAGCCUCAAAGCUUCUAUGAACAAAGUGCUCAGGAAUACGAUAUGCUCAGUAGCCCAAUCAUCGACCUCGAUGCUGCCCUGGGCCCCUUCAACACCCCCGACAUGAGAUCCAUUGCCGACUUCCCGAGCAAGUUUUCUGUGGCAACCCAGCGCAUGUACAGUGGUGGCCGCCGCGGUGAAUUCGUUGGUCCAGAGAUGCGCUAUCAUCGUCGCACUGAAUCUGCGCCGGCGAUGCAACCCUUUGAUCGCAAUUCGUUGGGCUUAACCCGUCUUUGCGGGAAAAGUUCCCUCGAAGCCGCAGAUGUUUUCUACGAAGAGGAAGAGGACGCUUUCCUUGCUGCCAAUCAGUCGCCUAGGAAAGUAGAAACUCGACCCGCUAGUCCAACAAUUGCUUCCACUCUUGACGACGAUAACAUGUCAGUGGAUAGUGACGACACUGCUGAAACACUGACUCGGGCGCCUGUGACCUCUGAGCCCGCUUCUGAUUCGAAACCUAGCUCUCUCAAAAAUGAAGGUCUUGGUAUCCAGUCGAUUGAAAACGCCACAGCUCCCAUAGAUGUUCCAGUGGUCGGACGACGCUCACCUCAUUUGUUUGGUCGCCGACCCCGAACUCCGUUGGAGGCUUUGAAGGCGGAAGAAUUAGCCCAUGGACGGGGUCUCCCCAGUCCUGACGUCUCCCCUCGCUGCUUCUUGGCUGUCGACAAACGACCUUCCACGUCACCUAAUGAAUUGACAGCCAGUAUCCCGUCCUUCUCUCUGUCUGCUGGGGUCUCGCCUUCGGACUCGUCAUUCCCAUCUCCCGAUCCUCGACGAUCCUUAGGUGACCGUCACUUCUUGACCAACUCUUUCAACGACCUCCCCUCGGAUCAUCCUUACGCGUCAGUUGAGGAUGUUCCCUCCCUCACGAGCAGCGCAUCUACCAUGACCAAUACCAUGCACCGUUUCUCUAGUUCGUUCCUACGGCAUGCUCGUCUAUCAACAGACCGUGCCGCUUCCUUUUCGGCCGUUCGACGAACCAGUCAGGCGAAUACCUCCAAGAGGUCUAGCCUGGUUAGUCUUUCCAAACUUGUCGGUUCCAGCUCCGAGCGAAGCAAACUUUCCCAGGAGGCAAAACCUCCAGGAGACUCGCUCGAACGUUCCAAGAAGAAGAGUCACCGACUCAGCAAGCUCAUGCACUUUUGGAAAAUCAAGGACAAGGAAAAGCACAGCAUGGAUGCGGCCGCGCCUUUCGAACGGCCGCAAUGA